GGGCGCUGUUCUAAUGCUAGCUAGCUAGCCUGAGGAGCUAAGCUGCUGCUUUCAUGGCCAACACUGUGAACUGUAGAUGAGUUUUUAAUGAUUCUGGGCUGAAACACGGAGCGAUGAGGAAGUGACAGAAGAGGAAGAAGGAGCUGAUCUGGUGGCUCCUUGUUGCUCUGAUGUGGAGAAAUUCAGGUAAAACCAGGAAGUGACUGAGACAAGAAGCUGAAACUCCAUAAAUGAUGUUUGGCUCAUGUAUCUGUUUAUUUCUUCCUGUUCUGGACUCUUCACCUCCUCCGCCUCCUGUUAAUCUUUUAUUUCUCAAUGACUCUCGUGUCUCUUUCUUCCUCUCCGCAGCCUGAAGAUGCAAAUCAGUUUUUUUCCUUCUCGUGUUUGAAUCGUAUUAUUUUUUGUGUUUCCCUGCAGAUCCCUCGGGUCAUUCCAUGGGAAAAGAAACUUUUUUCCUGCGGCUCUGGGAGAAAUCCAGCUAUUUUAGGAAAACACGUCACCGCCUUGAGCUGCAGCCCAGAAACUCUGCCUUAUUUCCAUCAUCCAGCUUUUCUCUUCUUUUCUACUCUCCCUCUCUACUUGUUGCCGCGGUGUUUCCCUCCGUUCAGUUCCUCUCAGACGCAGCGGAGACGUGACGGAUCCGUCCGCUCGUGGUUUCAGGACCGAGGAGGAAACGUUUCAUUUCAUGAGGACGCGGCUGCAGCGUGACAUUGCGGAGCGGAUUAUUUUCCACGGCGCGAUCACGAGUGGAUGGAGACACACGUCCCGCUGAGCCACAGCGAGAGAGAGAGCGCGCGCACACACGUCAGCUCGGGGAGGGCGAAGCCUGCUUUAAAUGCGCGCGGCGUGACGGCCAGCCCCAGACAACAGCAGCGCGUGGACGGGAGAAGGUGAGCGUGGACGGAGGGAGGAGGUGGGAGGCGGCGGGGGGGCACAAACAUGCCAUCAGAAGCAUCGCACCCGCAGACGUGACGCCGACGGACACGGAGCAGCUGCUGCUUUUCUUCCAAAAUACGCGCCGAGGUGUCGGGAGCGGAGAGGUCUUGAGGUGCGGGACGCGUCGCCCUUGCCUGGGGGGGAGGGGGGAAGAUGACAGUGGUGCCCGCGGAGAACCUGGAUGAGACUGUGGCACUGGCCGCGCUGUCCGCGCAGGAUGUGUACGACCCGGAGCGAGCGGAGAACCAGGACUGCUGCGAGCGGGUGGUCAUCAACAUCUCGGGGCUGCGCUUCGAGACGCAGCUGAAGACUCUGGCCCAGUUCCCCUGCACUCUGCUGGGGGACCCGCGCAAGAGGAUGCGCUUCUUCGACCCCCUCAGGAACGAGUACUUCUUCGACCGGAACCGGCCCAGCUUCGACGCCAUCCUCUACUACUACCAGUCCGGGGGGCGGCUCCGGAGACCCGUCAACGUGCCAGUGGACAUUUUCAUGGAGGAGAUUAAAUUUUACGAACUGGGGGACGAGGUGAUUGAGAAUUUCAAGGAGGACGAGGGCUUCAUUAAGGAGGAGGAGCGGCCGCUGCCAGACAACGAGUUCCAGCGGCAGGUCUGGCUCCUGUUCGAGUACCCGGAGAGUUCCGGACCGGCCCGGGGCAUCGCCAUCGUCUCCGUCCUGGUCAUCCUCAUCUCCAUCGUCAUCUUCUGCCUGGAGACUUUACCGGAGUUCAGAGAGGAGGCCCGCGGCUUGGACGACCUGCUGCAUCCCGUCAACGGAACCGUGCGCGCAAAGAAGCCGAACCCGUUCACGGACCCGUUCUUCAUCGUGGAGACGCUCUGCAUCAUCUGGUUCUCCUUCGAGCUGCUGGUCCGGUUCCUGGCGUGCCCCAGUAAGCCCGCGUUCUUCAAGAACAUCAUGAACACCAUCGACAUCGUGGCCAUCAUGCCGUACUUCAUCACGCUGGGUCUGGAGCUGGCGGAGCACCAGGGGAACGGCCAGCAGGCCAUGUCCCUGGCCAUCCUCCGGGUCAUCCGCCUGGUCCGGGUCUUCCGCAUCUUCAAGCUCUCCAGACACUCCAAGGGGCUGCAGAUCCUGGGGAAGACGCUCCAGGCCAGCAUGAGGGAGCUGGGCCUGCUCAUCUUCUUCCUCUUCAUCGGAGUGAUUUUGUUCUCCAGCGCCGUCUACUUCGCGGAGACCGACGACCCGGAGUCCGGCUUCAACAGCAUCCCGGACGCCUUCUGGUGGGCCGUGGUGUCCAUGACCACCGUGGGCUACGGGGACAUGUGUCCGGUCACCAUCGGGGGGAAGAUCGUGGGCUCGCUGUGCGCCAUCGCCGGCGUCCUCACCAUCGCGCUGCCGGUGCCGGUCAUCGUCUCCAACUUCAACUACUUCUACCACCGGGAGACGGAGCACGAGGAGCAGUUCCAGUACACGCACGUGACCUGCGGCCAGCAGCAGGGGCCGUUCGGGGAGUUCAAGAAGAGCGACAGCAAACCGUCCCUGUCCAAGUCCGACUUCCUGGACAGCGACGACGUGGAUUCCAUCAAAUACACCAACUGCAGCCCGAGCAAAGGCUUCACCGACGUCUGAGCGCAGCGCGCGAACCACGAACCACGAACCACAUUACGCAUCAGUUACGCGCUGAGCGGACGCUCCUCGUGUCCCCAGAACGGUUUCAGUUCCAGCUCCUUAUUUGUGCCAUCACAGGAAUCAUUUCAGACAGACAGAGGAUGGAUGAUGAGACCACCAGACCCCCCCCCCCCAUCCGUCUUCCUUUACGCACCACGGGCCAGGCUCAGAGCGCAUCAGCCAAUGGUAGCACUUUAUUCUUCAUUCACUGGCCUCGAGAAGCAGCUUUAAAGUUUACAUUAGUUUUUCUGAAGCAGGACAAGGACCAACUCCCCAAACAGCUGCAAACCAGCCGCAUUCAGCGCGUUAGAUCAGCCUGUCAGACACAACGCAGGGAUCCAGGAGCAGGUUUCAGUCCAGGAUCCUGUUUGUCAAUCUCCAAACCAACAGCGCCCCCGCGUGGCCGGAGACCCCCCCUUCAACCCUGCACGUCUCCGGCUGGAUGCAGUUUCUAUAGCAACCUUCCAGACUUUUCUGUGUCGUCUGCCACAGGAGUGAGAGGAGGAAGGAUGAGAGUGAGAGGCCUCCAAACCUCCAUGUUGUCGAAGCCUCCAUGUUGGAAGUAAAGACGUCGCAUUCACACAGAGCACGUCUCAAACUAGAUCAUUUACCUUCCAGGAUAUAAACUCGCUCCUCAGCCCCAAAGGAAGGAUUUAAAUAUUCAGCCAAGUCUUCAAACAUUUUCCCCUGAACUCAUCUUUAUUAAAUAUCUGUGGAAUUGGAAUUAGCAAAAAAUAAAUAAGUAAUAACUAAAAUAAAUAUGUAAAUGAAACAUAAAAUAAUGUUUGAGGUUAUAGAUUUGAACAGAAACAUAACUUUUAUGUUUGGUGGCACAAAUUUAACUCAUCUAUUAUUAGAGCUGCUGCCAAUGAAACAUCAAACUCUCAAUUUAGUGAAAAAUCUGACGUAUGUGUCCUGAUUACAUCAUUAUUAUUUUUUAAAGAUUUUUUAAAGAUUUUUUUUAGAAGUAAAACUUGUUGUUUAAUUUUUUAAAAAUGUUUAAUUUUAAAAAAUAAUCAAAAAUGAAAACAUUUGCUGAAUUGAUGAUAGAAAUAAUUUAUUCCCAGUAAUAAUGAGCAUCGUGUGUUAAAGCUAAAGAGUUAAUGAAUUUUAAAUCUAAACUUUAAAUCUCAGCCUGGUUCAUGAACCUAAUUUCAUGUUACGUUAUAUUUAAAAGACUGUGGCACCUGUUUUUCAUCCAUUAACAUCUCAGUGAAUCUCUCCCUGGACUCUGGAUCAUCCAGCAGCUGGAAAAAAAGAAAAGUUUUUUUUUGUUGUUGUUUUAAAAAAAGAAGUGAUGGAAUAAAAGCUGAGGACGUCCUGCCGCUGGAUUAUUACCUGAUGGAUGUUUAAAGGAAGGAAUCUUCAGAUCAGACGUCAGAUUCUGCUGCUGUGUCCAUCGGAUGCAGGGGACGAAUGAUAAUUCUUGUCAAACCAAAAGAGUCACGACUCUGUCGCUGCACCACCUCCUCCUUCCAUCCUCCUCCUCCUCCUUCUGCUGAUGAAGAAAACAAAACCAGACUCUGGCUCUGAUCCGAAACAUACGGAGUACGGAGACUUGAUUUUUUUUGUUUUUUUGAGGUACGACACAAACGUUACUUGAAUCAACCCGCUGUAUGUAAAGACGUCUGCAGAGUCCGUGAACUCACCACCAGAUCCUCGUCCUCCUGCUGUAGAGACACUUGUAAGUCCUGUCUGUGCGUCGCAUAUCAUAGUCAAACCGCAUCAUAUUACUGCAUGCGGGGGAAGUAGAGCAUGCAAACACAAGAGUCUGAAACAUGGGAACAAGCAUCAGCAGCUCAUCGAUGUCAUCACGUGAAUCUGUGGCUGAAUCUCUAGUUUUUAUUUCUGAAGCUUCAUACUGUACGUUUUCUAUGAAGGGCAUUGGUUAUUGGUUGCUGAAUUAUUUUGUAGUUUUUUAACAUUUAAUUCUUCUUUUUUUUUUUUUUUUGCCUUGGUAAAAACAAAGCAGCUCUGCCGCUACCAGAGGAAUGUCUUUGUAGGGAGGAGACGGACGGACGGGAUUUCUGUGAAUGUUUGUGAUGGCGUUUGGGUUGUGAUCAGAAUGCUGUACAUCUGUUCUAUCAAUAACUCCUACCUCAGUGUCCGCUCAUUCACCACAGAAGCUUUAACGCCUCCAGUACCUGAACACACCCCUGGGAUUAGCUGGUGCAACUACAUGAACCCGAAAGCUCCACAAACUGCCAGAUAAUUAAUAAUUAAAUGGGUCCCGGGUCGCUAAUUAGCAUAUUACAUAUUAAUGAGGCUUGUACUGAACUUUGAAUUAAGUCAACCAGCUUAGAAGAUUUGUUUUUUUGCACAAUGUGUUAAUUUAUUUGUGAUUUUUUGAAAGUGUGUGUGAACGAAUGUGACUGAUUUUGAAUUAAUUAUUCAUUUGAAGGGCAAUAACCGUGAUUCAUAGCGGCUCAGCUGGUCUUAACGAGUUAGAAACCUAAAGAAUUUAAAAAAAAAUGUUCCAUCAUGAUGAAGUCUGAAAAGAGUCCAGUUCUCCAGAAUCAGACGAAAACAGGAGCGACACAGUUUUAAAAUAAAGAUGAAUUAAUAAUCAUUCUGCAGCCGUUUGGAGCAGUAGGUGGCGCUAUUUCUCCAGGACGCUCCAGUUUUCAAUGUCUACUCUCUUCACUGGACAUUCGAGUCACUUCUGUUUCCCUUGGAGCUGGAAGAAGCAAUUAUUUUCCAGAUUAUCUUCCAUCUGACUGGAUUAAUUCCCCUAAAAACGUUGCUGAAGGUGACGUCGUCCGAUGUGAUGAAGCUAAACUAGUGCUGGAGACGUCCUGGAUGAAUCUGUGUCGUCAUCUUUUCACCUGAUUGUGGGGAAGAUGGUAAAAAACAAAAAAACUGUCGAUGGUCAUAGUGAGAACGUCCCACUCUGCAGUUUUGUCUAAUUUCUGCUUCGCUUAAGCACAAAAACAGCCGAGGGAGGUUUGUGUGUGACGGAGGCGCUGAUGAGCGGUGACUGUGCUUUAAUGUGCGCUGCAUCAUGCUGUAUGUGCAAUAAUUACCCAGCAUGCAGCUGUGAAUAACCACCACAGUCAGUCCGGUCAGAGUUCACGCCUUUAAUUCACCACGUCAAACGUGUGUGUUCGAGCUUCGGCGUCGGCUGCAGACGCUUCAUCACGUUCAUGCAACAAUAAGACAAAGCAAUAGACUCCUGUAAUCUGGGGAAAUAAGUUAUGAUUUCAGUUCUGUUUUUGUUGUCAUGUUUCUUUUGACAAUCUUCUAUUGUGAUCUAUUUUUGAUAAAAUAAAUCCAUGUGUUUCACACAAGGACACAUGCUGACGUUUCACUUUCUGUUCUGUGUGUUUCAUGUCCGUUAACGUGUGAAUGGUGAGAGGAUGUUUCUGUCUGAAUUACCUUCAUCUGUCCUGAGGCUUCAUGACGCGACCUAGAAACAGGAAGCAAGAAAAUAAAACUAAAAUAAAACACUAGAAAGUGACACUAAAUAAAUAAGACAUUUACUUUAAGUGUCGCCUGCAGAUUCACUUUAAAUAAGAAAUUACUUCCAUAUUUUCUAUUAACCUCCUGAGACCCUGUGUCCUCAUAUGGGGACAUUAGGUUUUAGGUUUGUGGCAGCUUGUUAUUCUGCUUCAUUCAGACCUGUUGUCCUCAUAAGUGGACGCUUUUAUCUGCCAUCUAGUGGUAGCAAAGGGUCAAUACACUAGUCAGUGUAAAAACAUGCAGCAUUCCAGUAAAAUCUUGUAUUUUUGUGGCUGAAACUUGUCUAUGCUUGUUAACAUCUCUUAAAUAUGACGAGUAAAAAGCUACAGCAUCGCUAAUUAGCACGUACCCGUUUGAGGACACUGGGAUUACACGUCCUGCUCAGAGAAUUAACAGCACAUAACAAAUAAAAGCUCAGGUCUCAGGUGGUUAACUGUUAAUUAGCAUUUUUAGCAAGUUGCUAACUGAACGCAUCACUAAGUUGUACACAGACGACUGUUUUAAACACCCACCAUCCGCCCCAACCUCCUCCUGCAGAGUCCUCACGAUGCAGUUUGUAGAAAUGUCGCAUUAUUCGUUGCAACUAAACCUAACGUGAAUUCUUAAGACUCAAAACUUUUAAAUUCAAAAGUCUGAUAUUAAAUAAAGAAACUAAAGCAAGAAGCCUUAAUGGGACUUAUAAACAACUGCAUCAAACUAUUUGGUAGAAGAAGAAACGUCUUCUUGUCGUAAUCAGUUUUUGCAUUUCUUAAAUUUUAUCCGAUAAAGUAGCAGGAGACAUUCACAAUAAAACAAUUAUCUCCUGAGACACAGAAACACAGCAAGGAGAACUUUAAUGGUACAUCUAUGAUCUGAGGGUCUAAAAAGUUGUGAUAUAAUCUAUUUAUGUCAUUUAAAAGUGUCCAACAUAUAAAUUCAGCCUCUCUUCCUGAAUUUUUUGACAAAUAAAUGACGCCACAUAUCACACAACUCAUCUGAGUUCAUUCAUGGAGCUGGGACAGAACAUGUUACACCUGAAAUAAAACCCACAGCCUUUAAUGUUCUGGUUCUAGUUUUUGUUUCUUCUGUUUCUUAUUCUUUUAAGUUCUCAUCAUGAGUUGUGAGUGGAGGUUCUGCUGUUUGUUGGUCACUGUUGAGAAAUAAGAGAAAAACCAGCGGAGGUGAUGUAGAAACCGUCGUCAUUCAUCAAGAAGCAAUAAUGCAUGAAAAGUACAAUAUCAUCAGCAAAGAAUUAUUUAUCUGGUUGUUUGUAUCUGUGCAUCAGUAAAAUAAAAAAUGAAGAGUUAUAGUGCCUUAACCAUAACCCGAUUCUGUUAGCGAUGCAUCUGUAGAACCAUAGAAGAAGAAGGUGUGUAUUUGUACUAGCAGCGUAGCAACGCAGCGUCUGGUUGCUCUUAGAACUAACGUAUUGUAGAUUGAUGUGUUGAAUGUACAGUAACAAGUCUUCCUGGUUGGAUUUAGGAGACAAAAGUGAUGAAGAACAAAGUAAUAUCCAUCAAAACUACGGAGGCUCAGAGGCCAAAACCUCAAAUUAUUAAACGCAAAUUAUUCAUUUAGUUGUGAAUCUUUACACAAAUUAUUAUCUUAAAAAAAAAAAAAAUAAAAUAAAUGUUAGAAUGUAAAUUACAACAAAUGAAAUCAACAAAAAAACAACAAAGAUGGCCGACAGCCACGCCCACUCUGAGCCUCUGUAGUUUAGUUGUCUUGUCUUAGAGAACGAGUUUUAUCAGGAGUGCGACAUCGUGCAUGUGUACGUUUGGCAUGUUCAGAAUUUGCUGCAUUAUUUUUCUUUACAAAAAAAUCUCCUCUCUUAAUAUUUAAUAUAUUCAAAGCCCCGCUGCCCUUUUUAUUCAUUUAAAGAUUUAAAAUAAUAAUAAUAAUAAUAAUAAUUCUUUGGCUUUAAGCUACACAUCAGUGAUUUCUCCUGCACAUCUGUUUAGUUCAGCUGUAAAAGUAUCUCAUGAAAGAAAAAAUUGAGAAUCAGAUGUAAAACUUUGGGGAAAGAACGUGAACUAGUGGCCGUUGAGUUCAGAGUUGAAUGGAAUAUUUUUUCUCGUUUAUCUUGAGCGGAGGCUAAACACGUAGCUCAUGACUCAAAAUAUGCAUCUUGUUGUAAAACCAAUUAACACGGCUUCCAUUAAUAUUUAACAACGACUUAUUCUAUGGGCUGCAACUCACUUAUUCAACAAUAUUGAUGCAAUCCAUUGGUUUUAUGCUCCACUGAGUGUUUAGUCUGGACAAACGUCAGUAAUAUGAACUUAAUUUAACAUUUAUUUUGCUCUUACAGUGCUGAAUUAAAAUACCCAUCAUGAGUGUAACUGCUGCAGUUUGUAUUUGAGGUCGGUCGUGUUUUCGCUCACUGAACUGUGAGUUUGUGUCCUGGUGUUUUCCUGCUGAUUCAACAUUAGAAAAUAAAUUAAAAUAACUAAUGAAUAUAUAAAUAUAUAUAAAACGUCUGCUGAACCUCAACGUGUGUCCUCAGUGUUAGAAAUCUACAAUAGAUUUUAUUUUUGUUAAACAGUGCGUCUGUGUGUCAGUGUGUGACGGGUGUAAAGUCAAUUAACAGAAAAUAAUGCGACUUUUAACGAUGUAAUUAAUAUAUGUACGGCUUAGUUCAUACUCUAUAUGCACAACGGAGUCAUUCUGAAUACUGGCUGUGACUAAGUUUCAUGUGGCCUUUUCUUUCUCUUCCAUGUACUGCAAUGUUGUAAAUGAUUUGUAUAAUAUGACAUAAUGUUAAUUAAAGUUAACGAGGCUUUAUGUUUCUACCACCUAUGUUUAAUAAAGAAAUAAACUGUGAUCAAAUAAA